AGGUGAGUAUUGCGCGACAACACGGAACUUCCUGUUCACGGCUGACGUUCGUCUCCUCCUUCCUCCUGUAACGGAGCGAACUGUUUCUUUCUUUCUUUCUCAUUCUUCCAAAAACUGGAAGGAGCUGCAGAAAUGAAACGACGCUCCGAAAACCACAAACAUCCCGAUUUCGCAGCCGCGUGAGCGGCAAAACGACGUCUCGCUGACGACGUGCGCGUUCCCCCGCGGGUCCGUUUUUCUCCCACAAUGCAACUCCUCCAGCUGUUUCACUUUCACUCUCGAAUGACUUUAUUCACACACACUGCGCGCUGAAGAAGACGCUGUGUACACAUUUCCCGGCUGCCACCAUGUUGGCGGCACCUCUUCUUCUUCUCCUGCUGCUGGUUCCCGUCCCUCCCUCAUCGGGGGCCCAGGUGCCAAACCGGGGCCGAGCCGUGGAGGCCCCCGUGGCCACCAACGGCCAGCCGUUCCCCUGGGGCCACAUGAGGCUCCCCAAAGCCGUCCACCCCUUGCACUACGACCUGAGCCUCCACCCCAACCUAACAACGCUGGACUUCAGCGGGGUGGUCCGCAUCCAGCUGGAUGUGCGGGAAGACACCGGCGCCAUCGUUCUCCACGCCAAGGAGAUGCAGGUAUCCAGCGCGUGGCUCCUGGCGCCCGGAGGCGUCAGGCCUCUCCGGGUGCUGGAGUACCCUCGCUUCCACCAGCUGGCCCUGCUGUCGGACGCGGUGCUGACCAGGGGGCGAAGGUACGAGGUCCAGCUGGAGUUCGCCGCCAACCUCUCCGACAGCUUCCACGGUUUCUACAAGAGCAGCUACCGCACCAGCACCGGGGAAGUCCGGGUUCUGGCGUCCACGCAGUUCGAAGCCACGUACGCCCGCGCAGCCUUCCCCUGUUUCGACGAGCCCGCCUUCAAAGCCAACUUCACCAUACAGAUCGUACGAGAGCCUCGCCACAUAACCAUUUCCAACAUGCCCAAGGUAAAAACUGUGCUGUUGCCGGGGGGUUUGCUCGAGGACCACUUCGACACUUCCGUUAAAAUGAGCACGUACCUGGUGGCCUACAUCGUGUCCGACUUCCUGUCCGUGAGCAAGACCACCCGGCAUGGCGUCAAGAUCUCCGUCUACGCCGUGCCGGAGAAGAUCGACCAGACGGCCUUCGCGCUGGACGCAGCUGUCCGGCUAUUGGACUUCUACGAUGACUAUUUUGAUAUUCCUUACCCGCUUCCCAAACAGGACCUGGCUGCGAUCCCUGACUUCCAGUCGGGAGCGAUGGAGAACUGGGGGCUGACCACCUACAGGGAGACGGGCCUCCUCUUCGACCCCAACAAGUCCUCGGCCUCAGACAGACUGGGGCUCGCCAAGGUUAUCGCCCACGAGCUCGCACACCAGUGGUUUGGGAACCUGGUGACGAUGGAGUGGUGGAAUGACCUCUGGCUCAACGAGGGUUUCGCCAAGUUCAUGGAGUAUAUUUCUCUCAGGGUCACCUACCCGGAGCUGCAAGUGGACGACAUCUUCUUGGGGAAGUGUUUUGAUGCCAUGGAGGUCGACUCCCUCAACUCGUCCCACCCGGUCUCCACCGAUGUGGAAAACCCCACUCAGAUCCAGGAGAUGUUCGACGACGUUUCAUAUGACAAGGGGGCGUGUAUUCUCAACAUGCUGCGGGACUUCCUGACCCCCGAGGCUUUUGAGGUCGGCAUCAUCCGAUACCUCAAGCGCUACAGCUACCAGAACACGGUCAACAGCCACCUGUGGGAGAGCCUGAGUAAUAUCUGCGACUCGGACGAUCUGGACGAAGGCCGGAUGAAACACAAAGAAUUCUGCUCCGAGCGCGACCUGCAGUCCGGAGCCUCUAAAUGGUACUCCGGUGAUGAGCUGGAUGUCAGGGCCAUCAUGGAUACCUGGACCCUGCAGGAGGGCUUCCCUCUGGUCGCCGUGGAGGUCAGAGGUCGGGAGGUCAGGCUCAGCCAGGAGCGAUACCUGAAGACAGACGACCGCUCCCUCACCGAAGGAUUCCUGUGGCAGAUCCCACUGACCUACAUGACCAGCGCCUCCAGCACCAUCCACCGCUUCCUGCUGAAGACGAAAACUGACGUGCUGUACCUGCCGCAGGAGGCGGACUGGGUGAAGUUCAACGUCGACAUGAGCGGCUUCUACAUGGUCCACUACGCGGGCGACGGGUGGAACUCCCUCAUCCGACUGCUGCAACGCAACCACACGGCGCUGAGCAGCAACGACCGCGCCAGCCUCAUCCACAACGUCUUCCAGCUGGUCAGCACGGGCGACGUGGGGCUGGACACGGCCCUGGAGCUGUCUCUGUACCUGUCCAGGGAGACCGAGAUCAUGGCUGUGACUCAGGGCUUCCGAGAGCUCGUACCGCUCUACAAGCUGAUGGAGAAGAGAGACAUGGCUGCCCUGGAGAACCGGAUGAAGGACUACAUCGUUGAUCUGUUCCGGGGGCUGAUCGAUCGGCAGGAGUGGACUGACUCUGGAUCGGUGUCCGAGCGAGUGCUGAGGAGCUACCUGCUGCUGUUUGGCACCGUCAGGAACUACGCUCCCUGUGUGGCCAAGGCCACCGAGCUCUUUGACAGGUGGAGGGACUCUGAGGGCACCAUGAGCCUCCCCGUCGACGUCACCAUGGCAGUGUUUGUGAUCGGAGCUCGAACCCCGGAGGGGUGGGACUUCCUGUUUGAGGAGUACCGCCGCUCGAUGCAAAUGUCUUUGAAGAGCCGCCUGAAGUCCGCAAUGAGCGUCAGCCACCUGCAGGACAAGCUCAAGCGGAUGAUGGAGCAGAGCCUCCACGGCGAGGUGAUGAAGACCCAGGACCUCCCGGGCGUGGUCAUCUCCGUCAGCAAGAACCCCCGCGGCUACAAACUGGCCUGGGACUUCCUCCGGGCCAACUGGCACACUCUGAUCAAGAAGUUUGAGUUGGGCUCCAGCACCAUAUCCCACAUGGUGAUUGAAGUGACCAACCAGUAUUCCACCAGGGAGAUGUUAGAUGAGGUGAGAAGCUUCUUUGGCUCUCUGACCGAGGAGUCGGGCUCAAAGAUGAGAUGCAUCCGGCAGACCUACGAGACCAUCGAGGAGAACAUCCGCUGGAUGGACCGCAACCUUCCCCUGCUGCAGGCCUGGCUGCAGCGACGCGGCCGCAGGGAGCACGAAGAUCUGUAGCUCCGUGGAGGUCGGGCCUGAGGUCAGACCCAUGUGUCGCUAGAGGCAAAUGGCCGAGAGGCGCGGACGCCACUCGCUCAAGAUUCGGGAGUCGCACUGUGUCGCAAAUUUGAACAUAAUUCACAAAGAUUCUAAUGACAUCGACUUUGAGUCUUAACCUCCUCGAAUGUAGGGAUUAAGUAUGUGUGUGUGUGUGUGUGUUUGCCGUGUGAAGUUUUUCUUUUUAUAAAGCGAAUUUCCAUUCUUACUGCUGUAAAAAUAGUCAUUGUUGCUCAAGAGGAGUGCAGUUCUUUUUGGGUAUUUAUUUUGCCUUCAUUCUAAGGCACCAAUUUACUCCUAGUUACAACGUCAGAGAGCAAAGACGCCAUUUCUGAUGUUUGGGAAAUUAAAACUGGCCCUUCUUUUUACUUUUGAAAUCCUCAAACAAACAACACAAAUGCACGAGGAAUGUGUUGUUCCAAAAAUGUGGUUUAUUCAACACAACAACAUCUUAUGCCUUAUUUUGAUGAGACUGUAAUCUGUACAGGAUUCAAUGAUGUGUUCAUUGAAUAAAUCAUUGGACAGA